UUGUUUGUUUGUUUGUUUGUUUGUUUGUUUGUUUUAUUUAUUUUUCCCAGUUUAAUAAAGUUUUCCCAUUCAAUCCCAGUUUACCCAACCCCCUUCUCGCGAGAAAGCGACGGGUCCGUCACCGCAGCCACAUUAUAAAAGAAAACACAGAGAAAUCUCGGAACCCUUUCGCCGAACAAACAAACAAACAAACAAACAAACAAACAAAACCCACCACAGCCCGAACAGAGCCGAGCCGAGCCGAGCCGCUCACGCACUGUCCCUGAUGAUAAUAAUAACAACACGAAUAGCAAUGCAGCCCAAGGGCCUGCCCCACAGCAACAGCAGAUACUGAGCGCGCUGCUCGACUAAUUAUUAUUAUUAUUAUUAUUAUUAUUAUUGCUAUUAACAGAAGCAAACGCAUUCAAAGCCAGCCCCAGCACACCUGGACGAGGAUGAUGGGUCGGCGAGCGCUCCUUAGCAAGACACUCAGACGCCACGGUGGUUCAGCGGCAGCUCAUCCUUAAAGACUCCAGAGACGAGACCUCAACGUGAGGACAGACCCUCUCCCCUGUCCCCUCUCCUUGUCAAAGACCAUGAAUGGAACAGUCUUCCCCAGUCCUCCCAGUGGAGACGAUGACCCGGAUCCCAGCGGCUGCCACCCUGGCCCCUCCCUGCCCCCCUCCCCCUCGCUGCCCUGUUCCAGCUGGAAGGAGUUCUGUGAGAUUCACGCUCACGCAGCUGCGAUGGAGUUUGCGCGCCGCUUCAAGCUCUAUCUCGAGGACCACCCGCAGUACCUCUCCCUGCCUGGGGGGGCAGGCUCCGCCUUCUCCAGGCGCUUCGCGGACAGGUUCGUGUACCACUUUGAGGGCGAGUUCGAGGGAGGGGCCAACUGCCUGGAUUCUGUUUCCGUGGAGACCUGCUGCUCCAUAGAGGAAGACUCCUCCUCCCUCACCUCCCCCCAGCAGCCCCCCGAGGGAGGAGGACCCCUGCUGUUCCCGGGCACACCUGAACUAGACGUCCUCCCUCUGGACCCUCCCCGCCUCCCCGCCCAGCCGAUCUCCACCAGCUGCCAGUCGCGGAGCUCGGAGGACAUUUCAUUGUCCUCCCUCACCUCCUUUAACAACACUGCCGCUGUGUCUCUGGCUCCCCCUAGUGGCCCCGGCUCUGCCACUACGCCCUACCGGCCCGGGGCUACCUCUCUAGCCCCCUCUGGUGGCCAACAAGCUUCGCGCGGCGUCAGUCCAAACGCGGUCAGCAGCUCCAAUCCCGGGAAAGCCAAGCUGCGGAAACGCUUCUCCCUCCGGAACGUCAGCCGCAGUGUGAGGGGUAUCUUGCAGUGGAGGAGCGUUGGCAGCGAGGCCAGCUCUCCUGCCGGACAGGAGGAGAGGGAGGGGCUGGGAGCAGGAGGGCUGAGUGGCAGCUACAGCUACAGCGGGGGGAGCAUGGAGGAGGGGCUCCCCCUCUCCGCCCCCUCCUCCCUCCCGCCCUCCUCCUCCAGCUCCUCCUCCUCCUUCUCCUCGGAGCAGCGGGAACGGUGGCAGAGCUCCGGGAAUAACAGCUGGAGCUGGGACCGGGACCGGGAGCGUGAGACGUGGACUCACAGGUUUGAGAGGCUCCGGCUCUCCAGGGUGCCCACCCCCUCCCCUUCCCUCGGCGUGCACAGGGAGGGGCUGCUCAGCUACAUGGUGGCCGAGGGGCUGCUGCAGACUGGGAGCUCUGGGGGGCAGACUGGGUCCAAGGCUCGCUGGCAUAAGUGCCGGCUGAUUCUCAGGAGUGAUGGCAAGGCAGGGGCUGCAUCUCCCACCCCCAGCCCCGAGGGGUGCCUACUGGAGUUCUUUGUCCCUCCAAAGGCCUCAAAGCCACGUGUCACCAUUUUCUGUUCCUCUAUCAUGGAUGCAAGAACGACGACCCCACUGGAAAUGCCAGACAAGGAGAACACCUUCGUACUGAAGAUGCAGAGCUCAGUGGCGUAUAUCUUGGAGAUGGCUGAUUCCCUGCAGAUGAAGUCCUGGCUGGCUGAUAUUCAACAGUGCAUCACUCGCAGGUCAGAGAGGCUCCAGCUUGCUACAACCUAUUCACUUGUACAAUACUGUCUCCCCCCCGUUCCUCUCUUUCCUUUCCCCACCAUUCUCUCUCUAGUGGGGUAUGGGGGUCUUGGUGGCCCCAGCUCUGAGAUGCACCCCCCCGAGCUGCCCCCCCGCGCCCCCCUCGACGAAUCAGAGAGCCGGCUGCAAGGAGGGGGCGGGGCCAACGCGGUGACACCCUUCCGAGAGAGCCCCGACGGAACAGGCCCGUUCCUGUUCUCGGACCCCCCGGAGGUGCUGGAUCACCUCCUGUCGGACUGCCCCUGGUUCCACGGCACGCUGUCACGGUUGAAGGCUGCCCAGCUGUGCCUGGCCGGGGGGACGGGCAGCCAUGGCGUGUUCCUGGUGCGGCAGAGCGAGACUCGAAGAGGGGAGUACGUGCUGACCUUCAACUUCCAGGGCAAGGCAAAGCACCUGCGUCUCUCUCUCAAUGAGGAAGGCCAGUGCCGGGUGCAGCAUCUCUGGUUCCAGUCGAUCUUCGACAUGCUCGAGCAUUUCAGAGUCCAUCCGAUCCCACUGGAGUCGGGCGGGGCCAGCGAUGUCACGCUCAUCAGCUUCGUGGUCUCAGCCAAUCGGCAGCAUGGCCGGGACAGGUCAGGCAGCCGGUCAGCAGUGUGUGAUGUCAUCACCCCACGCCACCCCGAAUCUCCAUCAACCCCCAUCCAUCUCUGACUGUGUACCUGACCAGCCCUGUAGCCUCCCUACCUCCCCCCUCUCCCCCCAUCCCCCCUUCUCCACCCCCA